UAGUGAUGGCGCAAGAGAUUAUGCAAACAUAGAGAAAACUAAAAGAAAAUUCCGGAUCCUUAAAAAAAAAAAAAAAAAUUCCAGCCAGCCCGGCUCAACUGCAACUAUAAAAUCCAGCAGGUGCCAGAUUGGUGGAAAUACCAAUGCCGUCGUCUUUUCUUUGAGAUCCUAUUCUGAAGAGCUAGUCACUUGCUUGGUUCAGUUGAUCCAAGAGAAGAAAAAAAAAGAAAAUGUCAGGACCUCAGUGCUGCUCUAACCCACCAAUUCUGAACCCAGCCAGCGGAGCAGGCCACGUUGAGAAAGUAGGCGGCCUCAACUCCUAUGUCACUGGCCCUUCUGACUCCAAGUCCGCUAUUCUUCUUGUCUCUGACGUUUUUGGAUAUGAAGCUCCAAACUUGAGGAAGUUAGCUGACAAGAUUGCAGCUGCUGGAUUCUAUGUUGUAGUUCCUGACUUCUUCAAUGGAGAUCCUUAUUCCCCUGAUAAUGCCGAGAGAACCAUACAAGUUUGGUUAAAGGAUCAUGGACCGGAUAAGGGAUUGGAAGAUGCCAAACCUGUUGUUCAAGCUAUAAAGAGCAAAGGUGUAUCUGCAAUUGGAGCUGCAGGCUUUUGUUGGGGUGCCAAGGUGGUGGUUCAACUAGCUAAACAUGAGUUUAUCCAAGCUGCUGUGCUGUUGCAUCCUUCACUUGUCACGGUAGAUGAUAUCAAGGCGGUUGAGGUUCCUAUUGCAAUAUUAGGAGCUGAGAUUGACCAAACUUCCCCACCAGCACUUGUGAAAAAGUUUGAAGAGGUCCUAACUGCUAAAUCUGAGGUUGACUGCCAUGUGAAGAUAUUUCCCAAUGUCGCUCAUGGGUGGACAGUGAGAUAUGAUGUUGAAGAUGAAACUGCUGUGAAAAGCGCAGCGGAGGCCCAUGGAAACUUGUUGGAGUGGUUCACCAAGCAUGUUAAGUGAAACAAUAAAGACCAGUUAUAUUAUGUAGAACUGCUAGGCUAUUUAUCUUGGCAGUUAGAAAAGUACUGCAGUAUACGAUGCAUGUACAAUAAAAGGAUGAAUGUUUUUAUGGUGAUAAAUUAUGAGGAGGAAGAAAUUUGGACAA